AUGUCUCAAGGUUCUCCACAGGUUUUGUUUGAGGACGCUAAGGCCUAUUUGCAAACAACAAAUGAAAAUGGAAAAUCCAUUUAUGAUAUGUUAAUAGAUAUUGUUUCAUAUUUACAGGAUCAUAAGGAUGCUAAGGAAAUUAAUUUAAAAAAACUUGUUGAACAAUUAUCCGAAGAUGGAUUUAAAUAUGGAGAACGAUCAGGAUUUGAUGAAUUAUGGAAAUUAUCUAAACCUAAUCCCGAGUCAUGCAAUAAAGCUAGAGAAAUAGUGGAGGUUCUUUCAAAACAACAAAAUGUAAUGAAGGAAGAAUUCUCAAAGAGAAAAAAAGCAAUUGAAGAAUUGAAUGUAAAGAAAGAUGGUGAUGAUGAUAAUCAAGAUGAUCCAGUAGAAGAAAAUCCAGAUAUUAUGUAUUUGUACAGUAACGAAGAUGGUGUUUCUAAUUUGAUUGAGGAUUUUUAUGCUUUAGAAUUAGUAGGAGUAGGUUUGCCACAUGAGGAAAUUGCGAAACUUUCAGUUGCUAUUCAAAAUUUGAAAUCAUCAAAGUCUUUACGGUAUUUAAGAUUUGUAGGAAAAAUACUAGGAAUUGAAUCGCAUUACUAUGUUGUUGAAAGUAAUUACUACUUUAAAGAAAAAGUUCCACAAGAUAAAAUUCAUGAAAGUGGAGGUAAAGCUGGUUUAAAUAGAUUUACAUAUUGGGUAUUGAGAUCUAAGGAUUCAUUGACUAAUUUUGUAAAUUUACCUGAUGUAACACCUCAACAAAUUAAUGCUGCAAGAAAUAUUUCAAAAUUAUUUACAGGUAAUUUAGAAAAGGAAAUUAUUUCAUAUCCUCCAUUCCCAGGUAAUGAAGCAAAUUACUUGAGAGCUCAAAUAGCAAGAAUUGUGCAUUCAACAACUAUUGCACCAUUUGAUCUAUUUGAAGAGAGAGAAGUAACAGAAGCCAAUGACGAAGAUGAUGACGAUUCAAAUGAAAAGAAGAAGAAGAAUGAAAUUAAAUAUAAGGAAGUAUUACCUCCACCAGUUAAAACCAAAGCAUUUGAAUUGAAAGAUCCAGAAGGAAUGAAAUCACUUGAACAUUGGGUUCAUCUCUAUCCAGGUAUUUUGAAAUCAGGAUUUAUUACUAAGGAACCACUUCCUGGUGAUCAAGAACCAGCUGAUCCAGAGGAUGAUAAAGAUCCAGAAGUACCAAGUUUCAAAUUAUUACAGGAAGAUGAUGGUCUCAAAAAAUGUAAAGAGGCAGGAGCUUCACCAAAGAAAAAGUCAGAAGAUGAUGAUAAUGAUGACGAUGGAGAAAAUAAGGAAGCAAAACUUUCAUGUUGGAAAGUUAGUUUCAGUAAUGUGAGAAAACAGACAUGUCAUCACAAAUCAUUCAAAGUGGUUAUGCUUAGUAGUUUGAGAUGGCAAGGUGCUCACACAUUUUAUAGAAAUAUUGGACCAAUUUGUCAUUUUGGUAAUGUGUACAUUGGAUAUGGUAUUAAGAAUACUGGUAUUCCUUACACUCCAAUUCUUCCUUCAAAGGUUGUUGAAGAUGUUAAAGAACCAGUUGACCAAGUGGAUCCAAAACCAAAUGAUGCUAAGAGAAUGUUACAAGGUCUUGAACCAACUAGUGAAGAUAAACCAGAGGAUGAUAAUCCAAAUGACGACGAAGAUGGAGGUAAUGAUAAUGAUCCUGAAGAAGAGGAUGAUGAAUAA